AUGCCAUCAAAUCCAGUUGAUCAAUAUGUUAAAUUAUUAUCUCGUGAACAACAAGAAAAUGAUAAAUAUGUUAUUAUUGAUGCAAAAUGGUUUGAACAUUGGAAGCGUUUUGUUGGCAUUGAUUCGCAGCCAGACAAAAAUUCUUCACCAGGUCCAAUUGAUUUUUCUAGUCUAAUCGAUACAUCUACAUUAGAGCAUCCGGAUGGUGUUCAAUUGCGUUCUGAUGCUGUCGAAGGAAAUGAUUACACAUUUAUUCCAUAUGAACUUUAUCAAGAUCUUGUUCAAUCCUAUAAGAAAAUCGGUACCGAAAUAGUUCGUAAAGUCAUAUCAUCAGGUGAUUUUCAAACAGUUAUUGAAACGUUUUACAUCCCAUUACGUGUUCGUAAAUCACGACAAACUCCAUCAACAACUAAACAAAUCUAUCGUAGUCGUCGAACAAAAUUAGAAGAUUUAAAAACUGAUAUCUGUAAAAUGUUUUCUAUUCCAUCAGAUUCAUAUUCGACUUAUCGUUUAUAUACAUCAACCGAUGAUUACGGCGAUAAUUGGGAAGCGAUUGAGUCCCGACAGGGUAGUACUCUUGCUGAUAUUGAAUUAUCCAAGAAUGCCUUAAUAACAUUUGAAUCCGCAACAUUAUCAUCACGAAAUAAUUCAUCACCUGUACCAUCGGGAACAUUUUAUACGCCAGGUCUAUGUGGUUUAUCGAAUUUGGGCAAUACAUGUUUUAUGAAUUCAGCAUUACAAUGCAUAUCGAAUGUACCUGCACUAACAGAUUAUUUUCGUCGACGAGAUUAUUCCGAGCAUAUUAAUCGUGAUAAUCCAUUGGGUAUGAAAGGUGAUGUUGCUCAAGCCUAUGGCGAUUUAAUAGCUAAUAUGUGGUCGGGUAAAAUAAAUUAUUAUGCACCAAAAGCAUUAAAACAAAAUGUAGCACGUUAUGCACCACAAUUUAGCGGUUAUUCUCAACAAGAUUCACAAGAAUUUAUGUCAUUUUUACUUGAUGGUUUACAUGAAGAUUUAAAUUUAGUUAAACAAAAACCUUAUAUGGAGAAAAAAGACGAUGAUGGUGUUGUCGACGAUGUGAAAUUAGCUGCUGAACAAUGGGAUUACUAUAGGAAACGAAAUCAAUCGAAAAUUCACGAUAUAUUUCAUGGACAAAUAAAAUCUGUUGUACAAUGUCUCGAUUGUAAAACAUCGGGACGUACAUUUGAUCCAAUUUGUUUUCUAAGUUUACCAUUGCCAAAUAAGAAGAAAAUUCGUAUAUUUAAAAUCGAAUAUAUACGAUUAAAUGGAGAAAUAAAAUAUUAUUAUAUUAAAUCGAAUGAACGUGGCCGUAUGCAUAAUCUCUUAAAAGAUUUUUGUGAACGUUUUCAGCCAAAACAAAAAAAUAAUACACACGAACCAAUGGAUGCUGAUGAUGAAUCAACAUCAAGUGCAAUAAAUUCAAAUAAUCAAGAUGAUGAACAAGAAGAUGAUUUGACAUUAGCACCCGAUUAUGACGGACAUCAACCAAAAGCCGAAUUGAUUCUGCCUGUUGAAGUCUACAAUCAUCGUAUACAUUUGCAAUAUAGUGAUGAUGCUUUAUUAACAAAUAUACUUGAACGUGAUCAAAUUGUUUUUUACGAGGUGCCGGUUUCAUUGAAAAAAGAAAACAAUGAAACUAUUCUUAUGCCAUGUCUAUUUCGUACAGCUGAUAGUUUACAUCAAAAUUUCGGUUUACCUAUUUAUCUCAAUAUUCCGAGACAUAAAUGUACAGGAAGACAUAUUCAAGAUGCAUUACUGAAUUCAAUUGGUAAUUUUCUCCCAUUACCACCAAAUCAUACAAGUCAAUCAUCGGACAAAGCACUUUAUACAGCAUCAUGUGUCUUUAAUCAAAAUUAUACUCAAACAACAAAACCAUUAUCGACAUGUCUCGAUGAUCAUAUUGAUUUUAAUCGUACAAAUACAACACUCGUUGUUGAUGUUACAGCAGCUAUUGUUGAAAAAUAUGAGCAAGAAGGAAAAAAACGUAUAGACAAAGAACAUCAACCCACAUCAUCAACCAAUAGUAGUGGUGUACAAACUCGUAGUCAACAUAAACAAUCAACAACGUCAUUAUUAGAUUGCUUUAAAUAUUUCACAACAAAAGAAACAUUAUCUGAUAAUGAUCAAUGGUAUUGUCCAAAAUGUAAACAAUUGAAGAAUGCAUCAAAGAAAAUUGACUUAUGGUUAUUACCAAAAGUCUUAAUCGUGCAAUUAAAACGCUUCAAUUACACGCGUCAUUAUCGUGACAAGAUUGAUUUGUUCAUUGAUUGUCCUAUUUAUGAUUUAGACCUAUCACAAUAUGUUCUUAAUCCAGCUGAAAAACUUAAUGCUAAAUAUGAUCUCAUCGCUGUUAGCAAUCAUAUGGGUGGUUUAGGUGGCGGACAUUAUACAGCACAUGCGAAAAAUAUUCAUGAUCAGAAAUGGCAUACAUUCGAUGAUUCAUGUGUAACUGAUGUCGAUGAAACUAAUGUUAUUAGUAAAUCAGCAUAUGUACUUAUCUACCAACAACAAUCACAAUCAGUACAACAACAACAACAACAGCAGCAGCAGCAACAACAAGCAAAAGAGUCACCGCGAAAAACUAGUACACGAGCGACUAAAGCAUCUAGUUAA